UAUGAAUAAACAAAUCCAAGUCUUCAGGAUUCCGUGAGCUAGCUUGGGCAGUGCGGCGCCGCCGUGUCCUCUGGUUGAGAAAGAGAACCGUGAAGAGGCGCGGCUCGGAGCGGACUACAGGAUGGCUCAUAUCCCGGGACAGCCGGUCACGGCCGUAGUGCAACGCAUUGAAAUUCAUAAGUUACGCCAUGGAGAAAAUCUUAUACUUGGAUUUAGCAUUGGCGGUGGAAUUGAUCAAGACCCAGGACAGAAUCCAUAUACUGAAGAUAAAACUGACAAGGGUAUUUAUGUUACAAGAGUGACAGAAGGGGGACCUGCUGAGGUUGCAGGGCUCCUAGUGGGAGACAAAAUAAUGCAGGUAAAUGGAUGGGAUAUGACGAUGGUAACCCAUGACCAGGCCAGAAAACGGCUCACAAAGAAAAACGAAGACAUUGUGCGGCUACUAGUGACCCGGAAGUCUCUGCAAGAUGUAGUCCGUCAAUCCAUGCUACAGUAAAAGAGGAAAAAUCAAGUGGUUUGAGGCAAAAAGGGAACAAUUUCUAGUCAAUGGUGAUGUGGGGUGAAGAAGUCAAAGGGAUAAGUGCUAAGUAAAAAGUUAAAAACAAAUAUGGCAAAUCUGCAUUACCAGAAAAAGGGCCACAUUUGAAAAAUUUAAUUUGGCAGAUCUGUCCACCUCGUUGUAAAUUACUGGUUUAACAGACCCUGGUGAAGCGUAAGCCAGUCACCUUGAAAUACUUCCGCUGCCUUUUCAACCCUUUUCUAAGCCUUCUCCAUUAAAUUAAAACGUGACAUUCCUAAGCAGACCUUUUCCACAAUGCUAUGCGCUAACAACUCCCCUCACCACCCUCUUGGCUAUGACAAUUUUUCCCAUUAAAAAAAAAAAUCAGUAUUGUGUAAUAAGUAUUAUGUGCCUUAACUUGAUGGCAGCAAACCAACUCAAUAUUUGACCAAAACAAAAAUCUCCUUUUUGGGUAAAGUGCAAACAAAAGCAGCAUUUGGGCAUUAAAUACUAAUGUAAGCACACCUGGGCACUCAAGUUUUUGGAUACAACAGCCAGACUGGUUUUAUCCAAGUAUUGGGCAUCCCAUCCAUAAUCUACCUGAAGUCCAAUUUUUGCCUUUUAACUUUCUUAUUUACCAAUAAGAAUGUGGAACCAAGCAUGCCUUAAAUAUUUAUCAACGUGGGAACAGAUCAGUUGGGCACCUACCUGCUUUGCCGUCACAAAGAGUUUCUGGGUCACAUUUGAGCUUUGCACAUCUACUGUGUAAGUCACAGUAACUUUAUAUUAUUGUAGAACACUUGGCACAUACUCUGAGUAAAGGCAACUGUACCUGUGCAUUGUUAAUGUAUACUUAAAAAGAAAAAGAUAAAUUACUAUGGGGGUACACAGUAAUAAUGGAGGCCAAAACUAAAGUGCGACUGGGUCAGUGUGGCUAAAAGACGAGCACUCGUUCGCCGCUCCGGAAUGGCCUCCAUGUUUUUACCAAAGUAGCAACGUCUCUCUUCUGUGCCACGCAUGUCAGGAACCUUACUUGUGUUUGUACCUUUUAUAAACAUUGGCACCCACAUAAGACAUUCCAGUUUAAAAGGAUGCUUUGCUGCACGAUUGAAAAAAUAUUUUAAA